GCCUGGGGUCGUGACGGCGCAUGGUGCUAGGGGACGGGUAGCUGGGCACUGGGGAAGCUAUGCCCUGCCCUUGUCACUUGCUGCUCGCGGCUGUGAAUAAAGCUGUCAUGGCGCCCGGAAAUUUAGAUCUGUGUCUGCGAGCGCUCUCAACUCCUACUUGCAUACUACCACAGUAAAUUUAUAUUACUGUGUUCUUGUGUCUCAUCCCGCGCGUUUCCCAGCCAGCCAGACGCCAUGCUGUGGCUUGCACAAGCAUUGUUGGCGGGCCUUGCCCAUGCCCAGUAUUCUAACAACACUGGCUCCAACGACACCAGCAGUCAAUUGGACUUUGCUGAGAGCCCCCCAUACUACCCAAGUCCCUGGGUUGAGGACACGACCGGCGACUGGGCUGAUGCCAUUACAAAGGCAAAGGCAUUUGUCAGCCAGCUUACCCUCCUCGAGAAGGUAAACCUCACCACCGGAACUGGAUGGCAGAGUGAAUCCUGCGUCGGCAACGUCGGCGCCAUCCCCCGUCUCGGCUUCGACGCUCUCUGCAUGCAAGACAGUCCUCUGGGUAUCCGUUUCGCCGACUAUGUCUCUGCUUUCCCUGCAGGCGGCACCAUUGCUGGAUCCUGGGACCGUGGCGAGUUCUACCGCCGUGGUUACCAAAUGGGCGCGGAACACAAGGCAAAGGGUGUCGAUGUACAGCUCGGCCCUGUCGUCGGUCCCCUUGGUCGCAACCCCAAGGGCGGACGUAACUGGGAAGGUUUCUCCCCUGACCCAGUCCUGUCUGGUGUUGCUGUCGCCGAUACCGUCCGCGGUAUCCAGGAUGCUGGUGUCAUUGCCUGCACCAAGCACUACAUCAUGAACGAGCAGGAGCACUUCCGCCAGCCCGGUCAAUUCGAGGACUUUGGCUUCGUCGAUGCGCUCAGCUCCAACUUGGAUGACAAGACUCUGCACGAGCUCUACCUGUGGCCCUUCGCCGACGCCAUCCGCGCUGGAACUGGAUCCAUCAUGUGCUCCUACAACAAGGUCAACAACUCGCAGGUUUGCCAGAACUCGUACCUCCAGAACUACAUCCUCAAAGGCGAGCUCGGCUUCCAAGGAUUCAUCAUGUCUGAUUGGGAUGCUCAGCACUCUGGUGUCGCUUCCGCCCUUGCUGGUAUGGACAUGACCAUGCCCGGUGACACCGACUUCAACUCCGGCCAGUCCUUCUGGGGAACCAACUUGACCGUCUCCAUUCUCAACGGUACCCUUCCCCAGUGGCGCCUUGACGAUGCCGCUGUCCGCAUCAUGGCCGCAUACUACUACGUCGGUCUUGACGAAGAGACCCCUGUCAACUUCGACUCCUGGCAGCGCGACACCUACGGAUACGAGCACUACUUCGCCAAGACUGGUUACAAGCUCAUCAACCAGCACGUUGAUGUCCGCAACGACCACUUCCGCGCCAUCCGCCGCACUGCUGCCAAAUCGACUGUCAUGCUGAAGAACUCUGGUGUCCUCCCCCUCAACGGAAACGAGAAGUGGACUGCCGUCUUCGGCAACGACGCCGCUGAGAACGAGUACGGUCCCAACGGAUGCUCUGACCGUGGCUGUGACAACGGCACUCUGGCCAUGGGCUGGGGUUCCGGUACCGCCGACUUCCCUUACUUGGUCACCCCUCUCGAGUCCAUUAAGCGUGAGGUCACUGACAACGGCGGUGUCGUCACCUCCGUCACCGACAACUGGGCCUACGCUCAGAUCCAGGCCAUGGCUGCCCAGGCUAGCGUCGCUAUUGUCUUCGUCAACGCCGACUCUGGUGAAGGUUACAUCACCGUUGACGGUAACGCUGGUGACCGUAACAACCUGACUCUCUGGCAAGACGGUGAGACGCUCAUCCAGAACGUCACUGCGCUGUGCAACAACACCAUUGUCGUUAUCCACUCUGUCGGACCUGUCCUUGUCAACAGCUUCUACGACAACGAGAACGUCACCGCCAUUCUCUGGGCUGGUCUUCCCGGCCAGGAGUCUGGUAACGCCAUCGUCGACAUCCUCUACGGCCGCGAGAACCCUGGUGGCAAGCUUCCUUUCACCAUCGGCAGCACCGCAGCGGAGUACGGCCCUGACCUCAUCUAUGAGCCCACCAACGGCAACGGCAGCCCCCAGGACAACUUCGAGGAGGGUGUCUUUAUCGACUACCGCGCCUUUGACAAGAAUGACAUCACUCCUGUCUACGAAUUCGGUUUCGGUCUCUCCUACACCACCUUCGAGUACUCUAACAUCAGUGUCGUCAAGGUACCUGCUGGCGCGUACGAGCCCUUCACUGGUCAGACCAUCGCUGCCCCUACUCUUGGCAACUACAGCCGCGACAUCGAGGAGUAUCAGUUCCCCGCCAACUUCACCCGCCCGGCCACUUACAUCUUCCCUUACCUCAACUCGACUGACCUUGCUGAGGCGUCGCAAGACCCUGAGUACGGUCUCGACCACACCUGGCCCGAAGGUUAUGCCGAUGGCUCGCCCCAGGCCCGCAUCCCCGCUGGUGGUGCUCCCGGUGGUAACCCUCAGCUGUGGGAUGUCCUCUUCACCGUCGAGGCCACCAUCACCAACAACGGCACCGUCGCUGGUGACGAGGUUGUUCAGUGCUACGUUGCUCUUGGUGGACCCGAAGACCCCAAGGUUCAGCUUCGUGGCUUUGACCGUCUGAGCAUCCAGCCCGGCAUGAGCGCUACCUUCCACGCUGACAUUACCCGCCGUGAUAUCAGCAACUGGGACGUUGCUGCCCAGAACUGGGUCAUCUCCGAGUACCCCAAGACGGUGUACGUCGGUGCUAGCUCGCGUAAGUUGCCGCUUACCGCUGAGUUGGACACCAGCGACUACACUUCUUAGAGAAGUCGUUGGGGAUUCGUAUUGUUUGGAUAACCGCCAUCAACAGUAAUGUUCAAUCCUUAAUUGUCAGCUAGUCAUAGCUAGUAUUAUGAAGAAACGAAUCUUUGUAAACAUUGCCCGAUUGCGUGUGCACGUGUCUUGCCUGUCAAACUUGGUGAAACUGCUACAUGUAUGCUUGAUCGAUCCAGACAGGCGGCUAUUAUCCACUAUCUCGAUGGAUUGAGGGGUAAUCACGUAUCGCGGCCGGCUGCGCUUCGGCGUGGAGCCUCGAUGACGGGCGAUAGUCAAGGAAUGCGUUUACGAGGCGACUAAUGUAGCUAAAGCGAUCAAAAUUAGACGUGUCACGGGACGAACGCUGCAAAGCUGCGAUCAUUGUGCAGGAUGUCGACACGGUAUUCUAACGACGACCUUCGCUCAUCGUGUACCAGUACAGACAGCAAGCGAGAGU